CCACGGCGGAGCUCAGAAGUUGUAUUGGUUCGCGCUCCUCAGUCCCCUCCCCUCCUCGCAGUGCUUCUCUUCCCUCCUCAGUACCCCCACGCCAGCCACUUUAGCAUCUCGGUCACGCCCACUCUCUCUCAAUCAGGUAGUUGGUCCUAUUCUUUAAGUGCAUCUUGGAGUGAUCAUCUCAAAGUUUUAUAGCCUUUGAUCAACAUUAUGUCAUUUACUGACUCAUUCCUUGAUUUUGACUCUAUAAAGGAUUGGUUUGACAACAUUUCAAACCCAGAUAUGGCUGAAGGAGCAAAGAUUAAGACUGGUGCUCUUGAAGCAGAUUCUUACGGAGAAAUUGACGUUCAAGGACCUGUUAUUGAUCAGUUUGACUCGAAUGUUGUUGGCUCCAAGCCAAUUGCUAUUGGUUCUGGGCCGAGUGACUGUGGGUCUCAAUUUGUUGUGAAGGUGGAAGAAAGGGAGUGUGAAAUGUCUGGAAGUGUAAAUUGUUUGAUUGAGGAGGUGAUGGGAAAGGUAAGUUUGGUGGGUGGGUCUGAAAACUCAGGAAUGGAUGAAAAUGUUGUAAAAAGUAAAAUAAUUAGUGAUGAUAUAAAGAGUGAAACAAUGGAGGAAAAUGGUAUGAAGAGUAAAAUAAUGAGUGACAAGGUUGAGAGUGAAAGUUCAGAGUCUGAGGUUGAAACUACAUCAUCAUAUUCUUCUUCCUCUUCCGGUUGCAGCUCUAGUGAAGAUGAUACUAGUGAUAAUGAUGUGGAAAAGGAAGAAGUAAAAGAAAAAGAAGAGAAAGAAAGUAUGAAGGUAAAGGUUGAGAGCAAGUUUAAUGAGGUAACUGAAGUAGAAGAGGGUGAAAUAAGGGAUGCUGAUGGACCAGACAUGGUUGGCCAGACUCGUGAUGAUGAUAAUAGUGAGGAUGAGGAUGAGGAUGACAAUGAUGAAGAGGCAAUGGUUACUUGGAGUGAUGUUGAUGUUGCUGAUGAAGAAGAAGAUGGUGAUGGUGCUUUGAAAGGACCCAUCAAGUCUAAGAAUGAGCUUGAGGUUCUCCCUUCAGUUCCUCCAGUGAAUGCUACCUUGCAACCACAUCAUCAGAUGUUGUCUGUGGGAGUUGUUUUAUCGAUAAUUGGUACCCAAGUUAUUGUGGAAGGGAUUGAGAAGCAUAGCCCUCUAAAUGAUGGUUCUAUUCUAUGGAUAACUGAAAGCAGAUGUCCAUUAGGGUUAGUGGAUGAAAUCUUUGGACCUGUCAAAAACCCAUACUAUGUGGUGAGAUACAAUUCAGAAAGUGAAGUUCCUGCUGGGGUGCAAACUGGCAGUUUAAUUUCUUUUGUUCCAGAGUUUGUUAGUCAUGUGCUUAACAACAAGGACGUUUACAAGAAGGGCUAUGAUGCGUCUGGUGCUAAUGAUGAAGAGGUGUAUGAUGAUGCAGAGUUUUCUGAUGAUGAGAAAGAGGCAGAGUUCAAGAGAAUGCAAAAAAUGUCGAAAAGAGGCAUGAACGACCAGAAACCUAUGAACAACAAGAAUGAUAAAAGGAAGGUUAAAAAUAGAGCUGAACCAUGGAAAAAUAGUAAACAUUCAUCCCCGCAAGCACCAACAGAUGCAGGUCAUGUACCACCCAAUCAACACCAGCAUCAUUUGUCCCCUCAUUUAGCACCGGUUGAUAAUGCCAAUAGUUCAACCUCUUUUACUGUAGGACAAGGUUUGAUUGGCGGGGCAGGUUUAAUUCCACAACUUCGACCUGCUGCACAGACUGCUUGUUUUAAUCCACCUUCAAAUGGAGUUUGGGGAAAUGGAAUGUCAUUUCAACAGCCACAAGGUGCUUUUUUCCCUGGUGGCUUUCCAGCUUAUGGUAUGCCAUGGCUUCCACAGAACUCUCAGCAAUAUCCAUUUCAGAUGGCAAUGCCAAACAUGUUUCCCCAGCAGGUGGAUCCCAGCCAGAGGUUACUUUCUGCUAAUUUGCUACCAGGUCAACAAUCAAAUACCUUAGCAGGAUCUGCAUACUCUCAGGGACUCGUGGGUCAAAAUGGAUACAACCAAAUGACAUUUGGAAUGGGUUUACAAGGUCAACCUUCUCAGCCAUUCUUAAAUCUUGGUCAGCAAGGAAUUAAUCCAAGCGGGUUACACAAUGGACAGAAUUGUAAUGUGCCACAAUCUGGAGGGAUUCCAGGAAACAACAAUGAAGCCUCUCAGCAGUUCAAUGUAGGUGCUUCUGGUCGUGGAAGAAAGCCAUUCCGUCGUGGGGGUGGUCGAUUUUCACAUGGAAGAGGUGGGAACCAAUCUAGAUAAAGUUAACAGCUGCUCUGCUGCGUGAUUUUGAUCUUAACUUAUAAUAGGCCUCUGAGUACAACUGCUGCAUUUUGAAAAUUGUUGUUUUUUCUGUAGGUCAAUAGUUUUUGUAGCCUAUAUUUAUAAUGCUAUGUUUUUAUGUUGCUACUUGUUAGUUCUGUAUAUGGUUGCUUAUAGAUUUCCCCAUACUCGAGGAUUUCAUCUCUACAUUUUCAUUUCUUGCAAAUUUGUUCCUAAUUUAUUUUGGUUGAGAUGGGUA